AUGGAGGCCAGGUGGCAAAGCAACGUAGAAAGGCGUCAGGCAGCCGGCCUUUCGCCACUGAAACAUAAUGAUGAGGAAGAAACACAAGUCUCCCGACAAUCCUCUUGGGCAGUAGGGAGGUAUGAGAGCACACAGGCCAAGCCCCCUCUUCACGUCUUCCCUGAGGCUUUCAAUGCUCCGCGGACGCCCCCUCCCACGGCGGCGGAGAUCCAGAAGCAGGUGGUGGUGGACCACAGUGAGCACGCGGUCAACGUGGCACUCAUGAUCAAUGGCGUCGUCUUCUUUGGCAAGCUUCUUGUUUACUUCUGGACCUCCAGUGAUGUUAUGCUGGCAGAAGCAGUACAUUCUCUUGCGGAUAUUGCAAAUCAGGCACUACUAGCCUAUGGCAUAUACCUCUCCAGAAGGGCUCCAGACAAGUGGCACCCGUACGGCUAUGGGAAGGACCGCUUCAUCUGGGCCCUCAUCUCUGCCACCGGCAUCUUCUGCUGUGGCGCGGGCAUCAACAUCGUGCAUGGGGUACAUUGCCUCAUGGCACCAGAGCCUGUUGCAAACAUCGGACUGGGGCUAGCCGUGUUGGCAGCAUCGGGACUUGCAGAAGGCGGUUCGUUCUGGGUGGCGUACAAGGCGGUGCGGGACAGCGCCAAGGCGGAGAACAUGCCCACCAUCAAGUACCUCUGGGCGGGGCUCGACCCCACCGCCGUUGCGGUCCUCAUGGAGGACGGCGCGGCGGUGAUUGGCCUGGGCGUAGCUGCAGCGGCGCUGGUGGCAACCCACGCGACGGGGAACCCCGUGUAUGACGCCAUCGGCUCGAUUGGGGUGGGCGUGCUGCUGGGAGGGGUGGCGGCCUUUCUGAUUCAGCGCAACCGGUCCGCCCUGCUGGGCCGCUCCAUGGACGAGCACGAGAUGCAGGAGCUGAUGCACCUCCUCAAGGCCGACCCGGUGGUGCACGCCAUCUACGACGCCAAGAGCGAGGUGAUCGGGCCCGGCGAGUUCAGGUUCAAGGCCGAGAUUGACUUUCGUGGCCACGUGGUGGUCCGCCACUUUCUCCAGCGCGCGGGCCACCGGCAGGUCCUGGAUCAUUUUGAGAAGGCCCUCGCCAACAACACGGACGCUGCUGUUGAGGAAGCGCUGGAACAGUACGGUACUGCCAUUGUGCAGUCAAUCGGAGACGAAGUGGAUCGACUCGAGCAGGUGAUACAAAGGAAAGUGCCGGAGAUGAGGCAUGUUGAUAUUGAAGUCCACUCAAGAUUUGGCAAAUCUGCGUAUCGAUGAUACCCCACUCAGCGUGGACGUUGAGCACUUGACAUUCUUGUGUUUGAGACCUUAGAUGGGGUAAUUCUCCGACAUUGUUUGUAAAACUUGCUCCAACGCGUUCUUUCCUAUAAAAGAUGGAAGACUUGUUCAUGAUUCGCGCGCUAGGACGAUGUCCAUGAUUGAAGUGGGUAGCGGUCUAUAGAGCAAUUAUGUGUCAUUCAACGUGGAGUAACUUCUUUGGGCGAGCAUCGUUGCCAGAAGAACAUGAUGAUUGUAUUUCACUAAAUGUAGUAUGUACAAAGCAUUCAAGUGAUGCCAGCAACUUAGAGUCGACAACCGAGUCGUGAAAAAAUAAUUAGGCGACGAUAUUAAGGUCACCACUCCGG